AUGCCCCCCUCCCUAGAAACCUUCGCCCUCGUUCUCCUUUUCCUAAUACUAGGACUGACCAUCAUGGUAAUCAUGAUUCUUGUCAAGGAGUGGACAGAGUACAACGCCAUACAGCUCUGGCCGAAGCUGCGUAGCACUCGCACUCUCGAUCUCGAGUCGGGCAUUUACCUCCUAAAGGACGUAAAAGAACUGACAUGGCGCGUUGAGCAAUUGGAGGAUCAUUUAUCCACCCACCUGCAACUUCCGGGCUUCAUAGACUGA